UGACCCGGGAGCCUUUCCCUGCCUCCCCCGCUCCGGCGCAGUGGUUCCUCCCCGCGCAUGCCAGUUCUUCCUCCGGAGAAAGCAGCCCUUUUCGCCAUGAGCUCCGAGGACGAGCAGAAGCGGCGCUUGAUCCGCCAACGGAUCCGGGAUUUCCCGGACUUCCCCUCGCCCGGCGUCCUGUUCCGAACUGGGCUCCUCCAGGCUGGCAUCGAUUUCUGCCCGGGGCAGAAUGUCUCCGGAGUCACCACCCACCAGCAAGUGGAGCACUCCAAGCUCCCCCUGAUCUUCCACUUGGGGAAGGACCCUGGAGAGAAGUAUCCGAUCAGGAAGUCUGAACUUCGCUUCCUCCCAAUUGUGCCAAGUUUUAAUGGCGGCUUCCUUGAACUCGGGCACAGGUGUGUUUCCUCACCUUGCCAAGACGCCCUCCUGCCCCUCCUGACGGACUUGCCCUCUGAAGGGCUGACCCCCUUUCCUCGCUGUCUUCUGCCAGGCCUCGAUUCCCGCGGCUUCCUCUUUGGCCCAGUUUUGGCCCAGAGGCUGGGGGUUGGAUUCCUGCUCAUCCGCAAGAAAGGGAAGCUCCCGGGAGCCACCGAAUCCAUCUCCUACGCACUGGAAUAUGGGAAGGCGGAAUUGGAAGUCCAGAAGGACACAGUGGAGCCCGGACAGAAAGUCAUCAUAGUGGACGAUCUGCUGGCAACGGGAG